AUGACUGAUGAUAUUCGUCAUGAAGAGCUCGGGUCACUCGAGGCUAUCUACCAAGAUGACAUAGAGGUAGAUCAUCUGCUGUACUCAGGGAAGAUAUAUAUUCCCAUAAAGAUCGAGAAUGGAAUCAACAUUCACCUUCUCCAAGAUCACAUAACCAAGAGAUCUUCAAAAGUUCAUUUUCUUCCACCCAUAAUCUUCACCUUCACGCUACCUCAGUAUUACCCCUACGAUGUUCCACCUAUAUUUGAUGUGACCUCUUUGACUAUCUCGAAACCAGAAAUUUCGAAUUUGAAAGCGCAGUUGCUUAAUCAAUGGAGGGAUUCUAGAGAUCAGAUCCUCUUCAGCUUGAUCGAUACAUUACAGGAAAAGGCCGAGUCGAUGUUCCAACUGGCUGGCCAGUUGAUUGAAUGCACAGACAUUGAGUAUGAACAGAUAAUCGAGUAUGACAACUAUCUGAAGCAGAAGGAAUUUGACAAGUCAACUUUCACUUGUGAGAUCUGUCAGGAUGUUACGAAGGGUGACAAAUGCGUGCAAUUCGAUCCAUGCAUGCACAUUUUCUGCAUUGCAUGCGUUGAAAACUUCUUUAUUUUUCUCAUAAACGAUGGAGAGGUGGAGAAGAUCCACUGUCCAGAUUUCAACUGUGGAAAGAAGUUUCUUGAGGUCCGCGAGAAGUAUUUGCGACUCGACAAUAUUGAAAGUGAAAAAUUUGACUUUGAGGAGUUUAAAACCCAGCUCAUGACCCCUCCAAUAACUCUUUCUCUACUCCAGAGAAUCUUGGGUGAUGGUGUCGGUGCAACGUUGUUCAACAAGUACUUGACGCUCUUCACCAACCACCAAAACGCACUUAUAGCCAAGCUAUUCCCAGAAAGGCUUGUUUCAUGUCCUCGGGAGAAAUGCCCUGCCAUGAUUUUCAGAGAGAGCAUGACCAGUCGACUAGUAAUCUGUCGAACCUGCGACUAUGCAUUUUGCAAUAUUUGCCGUAAGUCCUACCACAGUGAUAGCAUUGACUGCUCACGCAAGUACACUUCUAAACAAUAUGGGGGAAUCCCCAUUGAGGCGCUUGAAAAAUGGAUUCUGGCAGAGAAAAAUUCUCGAGAUCGUGAUGUGUUACGCUACAAGUAUGGAUCUGAUCUUCUUGUCAAGGUAUCCCAUGAAUACACUAUGGAUAAGCUAUUUACCGAUAUGCUUCUGGAUACAUCACAAGGCUUUUCGAAAUGUCCAAUGUGCGACUUGAUCAUCCAACGUCUGGAAGGAUGUAACAAGAUGAAGUGUUCUUCGUGUGCUACAUUCUUCUGUAAUUUAUGUGGGUGCUUUUUGCCUUAUGAUCAUCCAUACGAACAUUUUAAUACUCCUGGCAGUAGCUGCUAUGGAAAAUUAUUUCAUGGAAUGGUAGGCAUGGAAGACAUAGCUGACUAG